AUGAAUGAGCUAGAAGAUCCAGAAUAUGAUACCAUUUUAAAUAAACCUCAAAGCAUACAAAAAAGUAAAAUAAACAAACUUUCUAAAGUCAAAUUAUAUAUAGUUAAAUUAUUUAAGACUAAGUCUAAAUUACCUAAAAAUAAAUUGAUUGAUAAUAAGACAAGCGGGAGUUUUAUACUAGACGAAUUUAUUAAAGAAACUCAACUAAAUUCAAAAUAUUGUGAUGAUUUUAUUGAAUGGGUUCCACAUUCAAAUUUAGAAAAUAUACAAUAUUUAACAAAUGGAGGAAAUUCAAAAAUUUAUUUUGGAACUUGGAAUUUAUUGUUAAACACGUCUUUAGCUUCAAACCAAUUAUCUUCUAAAGUUACUUUAAAAGUCAUUAAUGAUUCUGAUAAUAUCAAUGAUCAUAUCCUAAACGAGCUUAAAAUUCACCAUAAAUGUCGUAAUCCUAGAGUUAUACCAUUCUAUGGGAUAGCAAAAGCACCUGUAGGAAAGGAAUAUGCCAUGGUAAUAAGAUAUGCAGAGAAUGGAGAUCUACGAAAUUAUAUUCGUAAAGUUUUUCCAAAAUUAACUUGGACUUAUAGAGCAAAUAUUCUUAUUGAACUAUCAAAGGCUUUAACUUCAAUCCAUCAAAUGAAUUUAGUUCAUAAGGAUUUCCAUUGUAAAAAUAUUUUAGUAGACAAAGAUGAUAGAAUUUUUAUAAGUGAUUUUGGACUUUGUCAACCAAUUGACUCUGAAAUAGCUUCGAAUAGUAUUCAAGGAGUUUUGCCUUAUAUCGCUCCCGAAGUUCUGAGAUGUAAACCAUAUACAAAACAAUCAGAAGUGUAUAGUUUAAGUAUGAUAAUGUGGGAAUUAACUUCAGAUGAACCUCCAUUUUCAAAUAAACAUCAUGACGCAGGUCUUGCGCUUGAAGUUCUUGAUGAACUGAAACCGCUGAGGCCCGAAAUUGUUAAGGGAACACCAGAAUUUUAUGCUAACAUUAUGGAGCAAUGUUGGAGUUCUGAUCCAUUAAAAAGACCUGAUGCUUCUCUUUUACCGAAAUUAUUUGAAGAAAUGAUAGGUCUAUGUAAAGCGGUUGAUAGUAUUAUAUUUUCAACAUUUACUCGUUAUUCAUCAUUAUCUGAAUCUAAUUUUGUAACUGGUAGUAGUGUUAAUACAGGGUAUGACAUUAGAGCAAAUGAUAAUCUUAAUAUGGCUUCAACUUAUUAUCCAAAGGAAGAAAAUACAGUUAUGAUAAAUAAUAAUAAUUCUGUAGAUAUAGAAUUAUCAUCACAACCUAAUUCUGUAACGAGUAUUAUUCAACCAGAGUAUGAAACCAAAGCGUUUGACUAUACUCUCGAAGUUCCUACAACUCUUUUACUUAAUUUUAAUAAUCUUCCUGGACCAAAAAAUUCUGAUGAUUAUUAUGAAUAUAAUGGAAGAGGAUCAUAUGAUGAUGUCAACGAUAAUAAAUUUAAUGAAGUAGAAGAUUCUAGAUAUAAUACACAAACUUACAAAUUUUCUUUAGACGAUUUGAACAAGGCUUAUAAUGAUUUAAUUAAUAAUCGUUCAAGAUUAUUGGAUGUUUCAUAA